AAAGUUUUUACUGACAUUUCAUUUAAGAUGUAAAUAUAUUUUGUUUAAUAGACUAUUCAUACAAUCACUUCAUGUGAUCCCAAGAUAUGAUGCAAGAAAUGACACCAAAGAAGACAUCACUCCUUACUACAGAUGACGGCAAUGAAGACAAUAGAAAACAGUUUCAAUUCAAUCCGAAGAACUCAAUGGACAGAUUUGGUGGUGAAUUGUAUGCAUUUCUGUUGUCUUAUCUCACAUUUGAAGACCGAUUCCGAUUGGAAUCUGUGUCGAAACAGUUCCAGAAGACUGUCUUCAAGAGUGUUGUCGGCAUUACUCUUAACGAUAGACUUAUGGAUAAAACAAAGAAACGAAAGACAACUCUAAAGCAUUUACAAGAGUUGAAAGACUUGAAGAUAUCAUUUGUGAUGCCAACGAAGACAUUACGCUUUACCACAGAUGACGGCAUUGAAGACAACAUUCAGCAGCCACAAAUGUAUGCGAAGAACUCAAUGGACAGAAUCGGGACCGAUUCAGUGGCCGGCACUUCAAGACGUAAUAAUCAUAUAAACUAUAGCACAAAGUGUGAUGCGAUGGUCACCGAAGUUAGUGUUAUUAGUGGAAGUAUUAGUGAUAACAGCGAUCCAGUCAUCACUCCUAACAAUCACACCAAUAAUACCUCUUAUACUUCCGAUGAUUCGAGCGACCAGUUGUUGCUAUCGACGGCCACUAGUUCUUCACUCGAUCGUCAGAUACAACAACUGAGAAGAUGUGAAUUGAUUACUGAGUCCGAAGUGAAGAGUCUUUGUCUCAAAGCCAAGGAAAUACUGGUCAACGAGUCUAAUGUACAGCGUGUCGACGCACCCGUCACUGUGUGCGGUGACAUUCACGGCCAGUUCUACGAUCUGUUAGAGUUGUUCAAAAGGGGUGACGACUGUCCGGACACUAACUACCUGUUUAUGGGAGACUUUGUCGACCGGGGCUAUCAUUCGGUCCAAACUUUUCUACUAUUAUUAGCGCUUAAGGUUCGAUACGCCGAUAGGAUUACACUGAUUAGAGGUAACCACGAGUCCAGACAAAUAACACAAAUCUACGGCUUUUAUGACGAGUGCCUCCGAAAGUACGGUUCGGCAACCGUUUGGAAAUAUUGUACCGAUAUUUUUGAUUAUCUGCCCAUUUCUGCCAUUAUUGACGGACAGAUAUUCUGUGUUCACGGAGGGCUGAGUCCAGCCAUUCAGACAUUGGAUCAAAUCCGGGUGAUUGACCGCAUACAAGAGGUGCCAAACAACGGCCCAAUGUGUGACCUGUUGUGGUCAGACCCCGAAGACAUAAAGGGCUGGAAAGUGUCGCCCAGAGGUGCCGGUUAUGUGUUUGGGUCAGACGUGGUCUCACAAUUCAACGCAACCAAUCAUUUAGACCUGAUUUGUAGGUCUCAUCAGUUAGUGCAGGAAGGCUUCAAAUAUGACCACAAUAGGACUGUACUGACGGUGUGGUCGGCACCCAAUUACUGCUACCGAUGCCGUAAUGUGGCCGCUAUUCUAAUACUUGAUGAUACACUUCACAAAACUUUUUUUAUUUUUGAGGACUCGAACAAGCCAAAAAGCUCUGCGAAGAACUCAAUGGACAGAUUCGGUGAUGAUUUGUGUGCACUUCUGUUGUCUUAUCUCUCACUCGAAGACCGAUUCCGUUACGAAUGUGUGUCAAAACGGUUUCAGAGGACAGUCUUCGAGAGUGUUGUGGAUAUCAAUAUUGAUAACGAAUUACCAUUGACUGUCGAGGAAUACCAUUAUGUGAUCUAA